UCGAAAGAAGGGAAAUUAUGGAUUUGGGGGCCCCUCUUUUCCCGGCUGUUAUUGGCCGGGUUAUGAGGGUUGUUUUGUGGGGCAGAAAUGGGAUAUUAUGCGGGAUGGUGUUGUUGUUGCUGUUUGUCGUUUUAACGGUUGUACUUACUGGGGUGAGGGAGAGAAGAAGAGAGAGAUCUGGUGUGGUGGUCCCAUUCCACCGCUGCAGACAAUUCAAUCAAAUAAGAGGAUGGUUUGGGUUGUUUACAGUGGCUGUGUUUGGAAAUUAUGGUGCAAUGCUGGCCCCGGUCUUAGGCUGUUAUUUAGUAUAAGCCUGGACUAUCUCAAAUAUCACCCAAUUUCUUUUUUGUCGUCAGCCCUGCCGCUAUCAACUUGUAUUGGACGUCCGUGCGUCGGAUUAGUAUACAAACGCACGUUAUCACGGAUGCACCGUUGUAAAUGACUGAUUAUGCACUCGCCACGGUACAUGACAGCAUCUGGCAAUCAGUCUGGCCAUCCCUCUCGUAGAUCACCCGCCACCUGGUUUCAUUCUCACCCCACUCGCUAUUGCUUAUCCCGUCACGUUUGCCCGUCCAGCCUGAUCAAUCAUUUCGUGCCGU